UGAGAAAGAGCAGCGAGGGAAUUCUGCUAAAUUUAUUUGAUAAUUUUCCUCCCGAAAUGGAAGCCAUGCGUAUAUUAAGCUCCGCCGCCACCAUCCUAAAAGCCACGCCUCCAUCCUCCUUCUCUUUUCCUAUCAAACCUCCGUUUCUGCUAUCUUUAACUCCGACCGCCCCUUCUCCUCUAAUCCUCUCCCGUCUCUCUUCUUCUGUUACAUAUGCGACCCCGGAGAGCCAAUUGAGUGAAGAAACCAGUACAAGAGAAUGGGUAAUGCAAGAUUUUUAUGCUCUAAGGAAGGAUGUUGAAUCGGCCUCGGAACGUGUUGAGGAGAUUAGAGCAUCUGCUGGUCUGCACCAACUAGAAAAGGAACUUGUGGUUCUGGAAUCGAAAACAGGCCAUAGCUCGUUUUGGGACGAUCGUGCCAAAGCUCAACAAACUCUUUUGGCACUGACCGAUGUCAAAGAUAAGAUAUAUUUGCUCAAUGAAUUUAAAACCAAGGUUGAAGAUGCCGAAACUAUAGUUAAUCUAACAGAGGAGAUGGACUCCAUAGAUGCUUCACUUCUGGAAGAGGCUGUCAAUGUCAUCAAAGAAGUAAAUAAGGCAUUGGACAAAUUCGAGUUGACUCAGCUUCUUUCUGGUCCCUAUGAUAAAGAAGGUGCGGUCAUCUCUAUAACUGCUGGUGCUGGUGGCACUGAUGCGCAGGACUGGGCUGACAUGCUUCUGAGGAUGUACACGAGAUGGGGAGAGAAACAGAAAUACAAGACAAAGGUGGUUGAGAAGUCUUUAGGGGAGGAAGCUGGGAUUAAGUCAGCCACAAUUGAAGUUGAAGGCAGAUAUGCUUAUGGCUAUCUGUCUGGAGAGAAAGGAACUCAUCGAAUAGUACGACAAUCUCCUUUCAAUGCCAAAGGUCUUCGCCAGACCAGCUUUUCCGGUGUUGAAGUGAUGCCUCUUCUCCCCGAAGAAUCAGUGGAUGUCGAGCUGCCUGAAGAAGACCUUGAAAUUAGCUUUUCAAGGGCAGGGGGGAAAGGAGGUCAGAAUGUGAACAAGGUUGAAACCGCUGUUCGGAUUACUCACAUCCCGACCGGUGUUACCGUUCGUUGCACAGAGGAGAGAUCGCAGCUGGCGAACAAGAUCAAGGCUCUUAGCCGAUUAAAAGCCAAGUUAUUGGUUAUUGCAGAGGAGCAGCGUGCAUCCGAAAUCAAGCAAAUAAGGGGAGAUGCAGUGAAGGCAGAGUGGGGACAGCAGAUACGAAACUAUGUAUUCCAUCCCUACAAACUAGUGAAAGAUGUACGGACUGGGUUCGAGACUUCAGAUAUUGCAUCUGUGAUGGAUGGUGAAUUGGAUGCUUUCAUCAAAGCUUACCUCAAAUACAAAUACACCAUCUCUGUCUCUGCAACUACAACAGGGGCCUAAUUAUUAUUUUUAUUAACAUUUGUACGAGGUUCUUUCAAUCUUUUAAAGAUGACAGCUGAUCGAAUAUUUGUACUUUCUUUAAA